AUUCGGCCUAAAAUUGGACAACCAGUCAGGCAAUAGUGUAAUAACCUGGCAUGUCGUCUGCCCCACUUUUCCGUUCACCAUUGUUUUGUUCUCGAGUGUGACGCUUUCCAAGCCUUUUGACUUUGAGCAGUAGCCUAUCAGAGACAGAGACCUGUGUGAGCAGAAAUCAUUCUUUUCGUCUCCUAAGGCAAAGAACAUGGCUCCUCAAAGAAAACUAUACGCACAAGGAGCGAUGGAGAAGGCUGCAGAGGCUGUAAGCAAAGGGAUGAGCGUUAAGGGUGCUGCCCAGCGUUUUGGCGUCCCCCGGACCACUUUGUCGGACAAGCUGCGCGACAAGUACCCGGUCACCCCCAAAUCCAAGACCAUCCUCUCGACGGAGGAGGAGAACAGGCUUGAGGAGUGGCUGACAGUUUCAGCGAGGCGUGGCAUUGGGAGGACAAACGAGAAUCUCUGCCUUGCUGUUCAGAGAUUCCUCAACAGUGAGGGCAGAACAACAGUAUUUACAGAUAACCUGCCUGGGAGAACCUGGGUGCGGUCUUUCUUCGGGCGCCGCCCGAAGCUGAGAGAAAAGACCUUGGUUCUUGGCGACAAGAAGGCGAGGGUGACGGGGGACAAACUCAGGGCGUGGUUCAAAGAAGUGGAGAAGAAUCUAGCUGAAGAUGGGGUGGACAUUAAGAGCGUCGACCCCCGGUGUGUUUUUAACGCAGACGAGAACGCCUUCCCCCUCCGCUCCACUGGGCAAGUCAUCGUGACCGAAGAGGGCAACCGCCACCCUUACCUCAUCUGCAGUGACAACAAGCGGCAGAUCACUGUCCUCAGCUGCGCCUCUGCCAGUGGUCACCUCUUGCCCCCCACCGUCAUAUUUCCUGGUCAGCGCUGGUCCUUCAAGCCCUGGGAAGAUUUCCCUGAGGCUUCCUGCGUCCACACAUUCAAUGGAUGGAUCAACGCAGCAGUGUUCAAGACGUGGCUGGAGGAAACAUUCAUCCCGGCUGUGGUUGACCUUCCUCGGCCCAUCGUGCUUUUUUGCGAUGGGCACACCAGCCAUACAAGCCUCGACGAAGUGCACGACCUGUGCAAGGAGCACGGCAUUCUUUACUACCUGCUCCCUGUCAGUGCGUCACACCUCGUGCAACCUCUGGACCUGAUCUUCUAUGGAAUCCUGAAGGAGGAGUGGAGAAAGGGGCUGCGUGAUCACAUGAACAUUGCCGGUGUGGAAGGAAUUUUCCCUAAGACCUUUAUGCCUGUGUUCAAGGACGUUUGGACACGGACAUAUGGGGAAGGCAGAGAGGAAGUGUUGGUGAAGGCGUUCAGAAAGAGUGGCCUGUCACCAUGGGACCCGAAUGCCCCUGACUAUUCAAAGUGUAAGGCCAACAGGGUCUGUGAGAAGCCGGCAGCCCCUGUCUCCACAAGUUGUGAUGUUCCUCCAUCUGUUGUGUGUAAUGAUGAUGCUGUGUGUAAUGAUGAUGAUGUUCCUCCGUUAGUUGUGUAUGAUGAUGAUACUGUGUGUGAUGAUGAUGUUAAGUCUAAUGAUGUUCCUCCGUUAGUUGUGUGUUUUGAUGUUGUGUGUAAUGAUGAUGAUGUUGUGGGUGAUGAUGUUUCAAGGAUCGGACCCGCGGACACCCUGGUUCACGCAGCAGAGUUUCCGCCUCCCUUGGUCUCAACACCAGCUCAGGAUCCUGUGGGUGACCAGGACCAUGAGUAUUGUCUGCCUGAGCAGGCGUUGAGACCAUUGGAAGAUGAAACUCUGGUAACACCCCAAGCCCCCGAAAUACUGCCCCUGGACAAGGCUUUUGUUCUGGAUAAAUUGAUAGACCACGUCAUUGCCACCAGGUGGACGGCAGCGGACAUGUACUGGGUCCGCCGUCGCCAGUGGCAUAACAUCAAACCAAAAGAGAAGGAGGGUGCGUACAAAAAGUACCUUGAUUUGUACAAUCAACUUAUACAAGCCCCCUCGUUCGACAACCUGCCUGUUCCAGCAUGCAGGACUCCUAAGAUUUCGACACAAAAGCGGGCUCAGGCCCCCAAGUACGUUUCGGGGACAAAAUAUAAAGAGUUGGAGGAGGCAAAAAAGUUGGAAGAAGAGAAAAAGAAGGAACGUGUGAAAGAGAGGAAGAGAAAAAGGGUGAAGGAAGAGAGAAAGAGAAAAAGGGUGGAGAAGGAAGAGAGGAAGAGAAAAAUGGUGGAGAAGGAAGAAGAGAAAAAGAAGAGUGAAGAGGAGAAAAGGUUAACGAAGUUGGAGAACCAGAGAGCAGGGAAAAAGAAGAAACAAGAGUGAAAGAAGACCAAGAAGUGUGGGGAGGAUGAAAAUGUAGCAAAGAAGGAUGGUGAGAAGAAAGCUAAAGGAAAUGAAAGUGGGAGUAAGGGAAGGAAGAGGGAGAGUACAAGCAAAGAGGGUGAAGCAAAAGAAAAGAAAAGGAGAGAAUGAGGAGGAGACAGAGGAAGAGGAUGAAAAGGAGGUGGGAUUGGUGUACGACGAUGACAUCUCCGCAGAGGAGUGAGUCAUAGAGGAGAUCCGAAUGUGUGUUAUACUUUGGGGGGGGGGGGGAAGAAAGAUGGAUGGAUGACGUGUGUGAGUUGUGGUAUCAUUUAAGGGGUGUUGUGGUCGACAGGGUGCUGUGUUGAGUGAGAUGUCAAAAAGUGAACUUAAGCAUUUUACGUUUGUGUGCCCUGAGUGUGAGUAAGAUGUGCAUCUAAGUUGGUUGUGAUAAUUGAAUAUGUGUGGAAGAGUAAACUGAAGCAGUCAUGUACCUGUGUUAGAGUUAGAUGUUCAUGCGAGUCUGUUAUGGUGGUUGUUCUUUUCUGUAUUAGUAUGUCAAUAAACAUUAGUUUUGUUUUAGGCCUACUGUUCAAAA